AUGAAUACAUUGACAACACUGGAAUGGAGCAAUAUUACAGCAUUGAGUCCAUUAACAACAAGCGAACAGUCAUCUAUAAUAUACAAAUUUGGUGUAUUUCCUGGUAUCUUGGCUAUAUUUGGUCUUGUUAUUGUUCCAUCACUGUUAUGUUGUGCAUGGAUAACCUAUCGAUUCUGCAAACGAAAAUAUGAACAAAAAGAUAUGAGUAUUCGACAAAUAUUUGUAACAUCUCCACCAUUAAAAUUGUCUAUAACUUCAACAAUAUCCGCUACACGAUCAAUAGAUUCUGCAUUAUUUUCUUUUCUAAAAAAUUAA